AUGAAUGCUAUAAAUGCAAUUGUGCAUUUAGCCAAUAAUGCCGACCCAGCGCGACGUAGAAAGCUCUACCGCCAACGAAGCAACCCAUUCGAUUUGCGGGACCUAAAUUUUAAAAUAAAAUAUAGGUUCAAUAAGGACACAGUGCGCACCAUCAUAGAUUUGGUGGAAGAUGAUCUGGUUCAGAGCGCUAGAGGUGGUGGCACGUGUCCUGAACUGCAAGUUUUAGUGGCCAUAAGAUGUUGGGGACGUCGUGAGGUACAAGAUGAUGCUGGUGACCUCCAUGGCCUAAGUCAGCCGACAGUGAGCCGGAUAUGCGCCAGAGUCGCGCAUGCAAUCGCGAAUAAGGCAAAUUCCUUCAUCAAAAUGCCUAUCACUAUAGGAGAGCAGGAAAGAAUUAGUGCCAAAUUUAGAGCAAUUAAAAAUUUUCCUGGGGUGAUAGGAGCCAUAGAUUGCACCCACAUUAAAAUUAAAAAAACCGGAGGUGACAUGGCCCAGUACUAUAUUAAUAGAAAAGGCUAUUAUUCCCUGAAUGUUCAGGUUGUCUGUGAUGCUGACCUCAAAAUAAUGGAUAUAGUGGCUAGAUGGCGAGGCAGUACACAUGACAGUCGAAUUUUUAUGGAGAGCAAUAUAAAACAACGAUUUGAGGAUAGGCAGUUUAGAGGACGCCUUAUUGGCGAUUCGGGCUACCCUCUUCUGCCAUAUCUAUUUACACCUAUUUUAAGGCCUAGUCGUCCAGAAGAAGAAGCAUACAAUAAUGCUCACAUCUCAACUAGGAACACUGUUGAAAGGUGUUUUGGGGUGUGGAAGCAGCGGUUCCAAUGCCUACUCCAUGGCUUACCAGUAAGCCUCCAAAAUGGAAAAGCUGUGAUCAUAGCAUUGGCUGUAUUACAUAAUAUAGCCAUUGAUAUGAAUGACACAUUGUUAGAACAACAUAUGGAGCAGGUCCCUGUAACUCCGCAACUUUCGACGGAGAACAGUGUUCACGACAACCGACCUUCAUUGUUGAGGCGUAGGUCGCAGUUGAUACUACAAAAUUUUAUAAAUCAACAUUUUUGAAUGGUACUAAAAUACAUUUUGAUAAAUUCCAACGAUUUACUUUUAUGUAAUGUCAUUUGAGUUCAUGAAAAUGUUGUAUUUUAAUUUUUCAGAUACUGUU